UAAACUGGGAGCCUGGGGCCCAGGAAGGCCAAGCUAUUCUCAAGUUUUGCAGUAACUGAUCCUCUUGCCAAGGGACUUUCUCUGAGUCUUGGGUUUGGGAGGGGUUUUUAUCCAGGAGGCUUGCUUAGAGAAUGAGGGCAUCAUAGCCACAGACUUCAGGAGCUGCAGACUUGUAGUUGGAGGGGUUUGGCCCUGCAAAGGAAGUGGGGAGGUUCCAGGCCCCCCUGCAAACCUCUAGAUGGGCCCCACAGGGCUUCUGCUUUGCUGGAGGGAUUAGCCGGGAGUGUAAGGAAGGUUGGGGAGGGGCGGCUUCCUGAGGUGUGGACCUGGUCUUUGCUGGGUGCAGAGGCCCACACGCCCUCCCCAGCCUCCACCCUGUGCAGUGGGCCCAGGGGAGGCCGUGGCACCUCCUUUCUCCUCCUCUAUUUGUGUUCCUGGGGACACUUAAGUCUCUCCUCUUUCAGCCCCCUCCGCGAGUGGGGUAAGGUGGCUUGGGCCAACACUUUCGACUCUAAAUUCACUGAGUGUCUGCGCUGGAAGCGCCCUCGACGUCGUCCCUCCAGUAUCAUCCCCCCGCCCCAUUUGACUCAGGUAGACAUUGAGGUCCGGGUUAGGGGAUUGACCUGGAGGUGAGAAACUGUCAGAGUCCGUCUCCCUGUACCCUCCCCACCAGAAAAGGAACCCCAGCCCAGAACCCCAGAGAGGGAAGGCGGGAGAGCGAGGCCGCCGCUGAUUGGUCCAAAGUUCUCCGGCACCAUCCAAUGGGCGGGGAGGGCGUGGUCGGGCUCGAUUAAUCAGGCUGCGCGCGGCCGCCGGCUGGGUGGCCGGUGGUCUCUGCCCGCCGUUUCUGCCCCGGUCCUGCACUAAUCGUAACCCCCGCCCCUGCCAUGGGCCUGCAGCUCUACCUGGACUUGCUGUCACAGCCUUGCCGCGCUGUCUACAUCUUCGCCAAGAAGAAUGGCAUCCCCUUCGAGCUGCGCACCGUGGACCUGCUCAAAGGCCAGCACUACAGCGAUGACUUUGCCCAGGUGAACCCCCUGAGGAAGGUGCCAGCCUUGAAGGAUGGGGACUUCACCUUGGCUGAGAGUGUGGCCAUCCUGCUGUAUCUGACCCGCAAGUAUGAGGCCCCUGACCACUGGUACCCCCAGGACCUUCAGGCCCGAGCCCGUGUGGAUGAGUACCUGGCGUGGCAGCACACAGCCCUGCGAACAAGCUGCACCCGGACCAUGUGGCAGAAGAUGUUGUUCCCUGUGUUCCUGGGCCAACGGGUGCCCCCUGAGACACUGGCAUCUACUCUGGCCGAGCUGGACAGGUGCCUGCAGCUGCUUGAGGACAAAUUCCUGAAGGACCAGGACUUCCUGUCUGGGCCUCACAUCUCAGUGGCAGACUUGGUGGCCAUCACAGAGCUGAUGCAUCCUGUCAGUGCUGGCUGUGACAUCUUCAAAAGCCGGCCUAAGCUGGCUGCGUGGCGCCAGCGCGUGGAAGCUGCGGUGGGGGAGGACCUCUUCCAGGAGGCCCACGCGGUCAUCAUGAAGGCUAAGGACCUGCCUCCAGCUGACACUGCCAUGAAGGAGAGGCUGAAGCCCUUGGCGCAGCUUUUGUUGCAGUGAGUACCAGGUGGGCCUGCAGAGCCACCGUCGACGGAGCUCUGUCCUCAGAAUAAAGAAAUGGCACUGCCUCCCCUCGGCUGUGAACGAGACACCUGCGCAGAGUCCUGUCCACAGUGCCUUCCACACGCCAGUCCUGUGUUCCUGCUUCUGUCUGCCUGCCAACUUCACCCUUACCCUUUGCACGCUGACUUCCAUGUGACCUCUGGAAAUAGCUUUAGUAAACACAGAUGUGACCCUGA